AUGGAUCAAGAAUACCACACUCUUCUUAAGAAUGACACGUGGCGUCUAGUUCCUCCCAAGGCUGGUGUCAACAUCAUUGAUUCCAAGUGGGUUUUCAAGAUAAAGAAACAUGCUGAUGGUUCUAUCGAGAGAUACAAGGCUCGACUGGUUGCUAAAGGAUUCAAACAGCGCCAUGGCCUUGAUUAUGAGGACAGCUUCAGUCCGGUGGUCAAACCUACCACUAUCCGGCUUCUGCCCUCACUGGCUAUUACUCGUGGAUGGUCUCGUCGUCAGCUUGAUGUUCAGAAUGCUUUCCUUCAUGGUGUCCUUGAAGAGGAGCGACCUACGGUUACUAUGUACCUGCUGGUCUAUGUUGAUGAUAUCAUCCUGGUCAACUCCUCGGACUAUGUUGCGGAUCGCUUGGUUUCUGCUUUGAGUGCUGAUUUUGCUGUUAAGGAUCUUGGGCAGCUUCACUAUUUCCUUGGGCUGGAAGUUUUGUCCUCUGGCUCUGGCUUGACCCUUACUCAGCAGAAGUACUCUCUUGAUAUUCUUCGAUGGGCUGGUAUGCUUCAGUGCAAGACAGCUACUACGCCUAUGUCCUCUACUGACCGAGUGUCUGCUCUCGAUGGUUCUCUUCUCUCUGCUGAUGAGGCUACUGAGUAUCGCAGUAUUGUUGGUGGCUUGCAGUACUUGACUAUCACCCGUCCGGAUAUCUCCUAUGCUGCCAACCGUGUCUGCCAGUUUCUUCAUGCUCCUCGAGACUCUCAUUGGACUGCGGUUAAGCGCAUCUUGCGCUAUAUCCGGUUCACUUCUUCUUAUGGCUUGCAUCUGCAACCGGCCCCCUCUGGAGUUCUCUCUGCAUUCUCUGAUGCAGACUGGGCUGGGAGUCCGGAUGACAGACAAUCAACGAGGGGAUAUGCAGUGUUCCUUGGUUCUAACUUGAUCGCCUGGAGUGCUCGUAAACAAGCAAUGGUGUCCCACAGUAGCACUGAAGCUGAGUACAAAGCAGUUGCAAAUGCCACAGCUGAGCUUAUUUGGAUACAAUUUUUGCUCAGGGAGUUGAAGAUUCCUCAGAAGCAGCCGCUGGUACUUUGGUGUCAUAACAUUGGUGCGAUGUAUUUGUCUUCAAAUCCAGUCUUUCAUGCUCGCACCAAACACAUCGAAGUUGAUUAUCAUUUUGGCAGGGAACGUGUUGCCCAGAAACUGCUUCUUAUCAAGUUUAUCUCCUCCAAAGAUCAACUUGCUGACAUCUUCAUGAAGCCACUGCCUCUUCCUCAGUUUGAAGGCUGUAGGCGCAAUCUCAACCUAGUGAAUUCUUCUAAGCACGAUUAA